UAUAAGAACAAUUGUAUAAAUUAUUAAAACUGAGAUGAUUAUUUAUCAUUUUUUUAGAUAAAAUUUUAAUUGUUUGUUAAUUUUAAUAUUAUUUCAUUAGAAAUACCGAACUAAACAAUACAAUAACCGUUAGAAACAAAAAUGUGUUGGAAAGGCAGAAAUUUACAAAUCUGACAGUUCUUGAAAAAAGUUGAUGUGAUUAUUGCUCAUAAUUGCAAUUUAAAAGCGUCUGUAUCGAGAUAAAAUACUAAUAUUUUCUGUAAACAAUGUUAGUUGGAAAAAUUAAUUGUAGAGUAUGAUGUAACUGGAUUAUAUUUUUUUCUUUGAAUCCAAGACUAAGUCAUUUGAAUCUAUGUCUAACCUCGACAGUUUGCUAAUGAAGUGUAAAAAAAAUAUUUACUUUUAUUUUUAAUUUAUUUCUACAUGAACUGAUUCAUGAUAUAAUAAGUGUUAUCUUGAUUUAACAAAUAUGCCUGAUACGAUGGAUGAGGAUGAAAAUAUUGCUGCACAGCGUGCACUUAAAAUUGCAUUUCAAACCAUGCAGGAAAGAUGUCAUCAGCUAGAGAACAGACUUGCUGCUGUAGAAGAGGAGAAUAUUCGAUUGAGAGUGGAAAAGGGUAAAGAACAAUGCGUAGACCUUAUUCCCAAGAGUAAUCAUGAAUUACCUACGAUAGAAAGUCUUCAGGAAAGAAUAGAAGAACUUACGAAGCAGAAGUCUCAACUAACACAUCAUGUUUUAAUGGUUGCUGCUGAAAAUAGACAGUUGUGGAAUCGAUUAACAAGAUUGACUCGAACCAAUAAGAGUCUUGGAAGUAAACUAAUCAAAAUAUCUGAUACUUUAAAAAAAAAUACCAAUACUCAACCUAUAGAUACUUUUGUCUAUAAUAUUAAAGAAGUGCCUUCAAAUAUAGUGAAUGAAAGUGUUGAGAAUAAUUCAAUAGAUUUAGAUAAUAAGGACGUAAGUUUAGAAGAGAUUUCCUUGAGACUCAUUAAUAGCAUCAUGAUGGAAAAAUCAGAAUUAGAACAACAGUAUUCAAAGAUGGUGGAGUUGGAAAAUGGUGGCGAUAUUAAUUUACGGAAUGUAGGAUUCACUUAUCCAGAUGAUUGUAAUUCAGAUUCUCUUCAGCAACUGAAAAACCAUGAAGACCGAUUAUCGCAGACUAAAGAUACUUUAGCAGCUCAACAAGAACAGUUGAAAAAAAUCCUUCAUAAUUUGAAGAAAAAUAAGAAAGGUAAAAAGCUUUGUCAAGCAGGAACUCAAUUUGAUUCAGAUGAUAGUUUAAAGGAGCAUGGUUCAACUCAAACAAGUCUUUCUCUUUCAACGAGCUCACAAGAAAAAAUUAUUGAUGCUUUACCAAAUAAUAAUUUAGAUAAUGAACAAAUUUGUCCAAUAUGUGGUUUAAAUUUUGAACAAUGUGCUUUUCAUACUUUUCAUGAACAUGUAUUGAACCAUUUUGCUACAGAAACGAUCUCAGAUUUUGACUUGUAAUAUUUGA